AUGUCUGUUUUGGAAGAAAUCUUGCAGGUCUCGAAAGAUCCAGCGAAUUCGAACGGCUUUCACGUUUUACCAGACGAAUUUGUCACACCCUUGGACGUGGAACAAGUCGACUCGAUUCUGCUGUACCAGCUAACGGAGAAUCUGGAGCUCGAAGCACGGCAGUUCGCGUAUUUGAAAGACUGUUUCUACCGUGUGCAGCAGCAGAAACGAAUCGCCAAAAAAUCACAGCAAGAGCCCAGCGGGGCCCUGUUCGAGAUUGACAGGUUGGUUCUCGGGUACGGGCUGGUCUUGUUCCAAAUCGAAGAGUUUUCCCCCGGCGAAGACAACUUUUUGAGGUAUAUGUCCCAGAUCAUCGGCCAGGUGGACCAAUACACCGAUUUUCUAUCCCAGUUGAUCCAGCGUGCCAUGCAAGAGGAGACGCUGCUGGAGUUUACUGAGUGCUUUUUGGUUUCUUUGAAGGCCUACAUCGACUCCCUCAAGCUGUUCAACCUCAACGAUUCGCAGGUGGUAUCGGCAGUGUUGACCCUUUUCGAGCUCUUUGUCUCGUUCAAGCCUGUUGCAGCCAUCGUUACUAAGGUGAGCGGCUUCUUUGCUGACUAUAACGUGAAACCGAACCAGUUUGAAAAAGUUACAAUCUUGGGACCCAUUCUAACCCUCUCACCCCUUAACGCUAGCGUGGCUCUACACAAUUACGGCGACAACCUGGAGCGAUCCCAACAGCAAACCAAUUUCAUUCACGAGUCACUGCAAACCGAGCAUAAGAUGAUCCUAGACCGUCUCUUCUACAUCAUAGACAAAAUCGUAAGAGGCUCCAGUGACUCCCGUACAGACUUGCUGACGUAUUUCGCACAAAUUAUCAAUAAAAACCACUUGAGGAGAGGCGAUCAUGCAAAUGCUAACAAGCUGGCUUCCAAUGCCUUCGUCACAAACAUCGCGCUUUUGCUAGUGCGGUUCUCACAGCCGUUUUUGGACGUCUCUUUCAAGAAAGUCGAUAAGAUUGACGUCAACUACUUCAACAAUCUCAACCUUAUUCUUGAUCUCUCAAGCGAGACACGCAUGAACUCAGACUUCAAAGAGGCAGAUGAGUUUUAUGACAAGAAUAAGAAAAGCGAGGAAAACAAGCCUAACUUCAUUUCAGACUGUUUCUUUCUUACUCUAUCAUAUUUGCAUUACGGUAUAGGAGGUGCUAUCCUCUACGAGGAAAAAGUCACACCUCAGGUGAGGCGGAUGAGAGAAGAACUAGCAAGGAUUAAAAGGGCUGCGGAGUCUCAAGACAUGUUUGCCCGCUUUGCAUCUAUGCAAUUGCCCGCUUUGGAAAAAUCCCUGCAAACUAUGCAAUCGAUCAAACAUGCCUUGCAAGGAUUCUUCUCGAACAAAAGCCUACAACUCGAAAUUUUCGAUUUCAUCAGUGGUGCUUCUACUUUUCUAGUAAGAGUAAUUGACCCAAAUCAUAAUUAUCCCUUCACAAACAUCAGCCUACCGCUAAUUCCUGAUCAGGUCGGUGUCGAAAAUGUUGACCAUGCAGAUUACCUGCGGCAGAACGCCCCCAUUCCAUUCAAGUACUACCCAGAGUUUGUGAUCGAAGGAAUUAUAAAUUACACACAGCAUAUCUCAAAAUUCGUGAUGUCCCCGCUUUUUGGAAAUCCGCGGCUGCAUUCCUUUGUUGAGUUAGCGACCGUUGUUUUGAGGUGUCCUGAAAUUGUUUCGAAUCCUCAUCUGAAAGGCAAACUGGUGCAUGUUUUAAGUUUGGGCGCAAUGCCUGUGCGAGAAGGUGCACAGGGUUUCAUGAUGGAUAUCUUCGAAAACAAUGACUUGGUAAGUGAUCACUUGCUGUACGCUUUGCUGGAUUUCUAUGUCAUAGUGGAGAAAACUGGUUCUUCUUCUCAGUUCUAUGACAAGUUCAAUAGUAGAUACAGCAUUUCUGUUCUUUUGGAAGAGCUUUACAAGAUACCAAACUAUCGUCAAAAGAUUGUUUGGCAGUCUCAGAACAAUGCGGACUUUUUUGUUCGCUUCGUUGCACGGAUGCUCAAUGACCUGACCUUUUUGUUGGAUGAAGGGUUGAGCAGCUUGGCCGAGGUUCACAAUAUCCAGAUAGAGCUAGACAACAGAAUGCGGGGCGCGGCUCCAAAAAUGGAAGAAAAUGAUCAAGAACUGCAAUCAAAGCUCGCUUCAUCAGAAAGACAGGCAAAGUCAAGCUGUGGACUGGCAGAGAAAUCGAUAACCUUGUUUAACAUCUUUUCAAAAGAUAUUCCUGGUGCUUUCUGUACGCCAGAGAUUGUCGACAGAUUGGCAGGAAUGCUGGACUAUAAUUUGGCAUCUUUGGUGGGGCCCAAGUGCCGAGAAUUGAGAGUGAAAGAUCCUAGGAAAUACAGUUUUGAUGCCAAAUCUCUACUGAAAUCGGUUUGCACCGUGUUCACAAACUUAUCGGACCAACCAGAGUUCAUAUGUGCUGUUGCUAGAGAUGGUAGGUCAUUUGGCAGAGAGAUGUUUGAUCGUGCUGUACAUAUCCUAGGGACCAAAACAGGACUUGCCAACGAUGAGUUCUGCACCAAAUUACUGCAAUUUGCGCGCGACGCUCAGGACCAAAAAAUUGCAGAAGAAGAAGAAGACUUAGAGAUGGGCGAGGUGCCUGAUGAGUAUCUGGAUCCAUUGAUGUUUACAUUAAUGAAGGACCCAGUCACAUUACCAGCCUCGAAGGUGACGAUUGACCGCAGUACGAUCAAGGCACAUCUGUUAAGUGAUUCAACGGAUCCCUUUAACAGAAUGCCGCUAAAACUAGAGGACGUUAUCCCAAAUGAGAGCUUGCGUCAAGAGAUCGAAGCGUUUAGACGCAAGGGUAGAGCGGGAUAG